UUCUCUGUACUUGAAUCCUGAGCUUCACCUAACCAUCAUGUGUAUUCACUAAGCGCGAAUGGCUAUCACCUGACCGCGUAAACACUGCUCUUGCCUCUUCUAACCUCCUUUCUCCGCAUCGCAUACCCCCGCAAUGGCUUCAAGAUUCUCUCGGUCCGACCUCCACCGACGCGACCCCCGAGCAUCCUCUUCCCUUUUCGACUCGUAUGAUGGCAUUUCUAGACCUGCAAGCAAGUCCCCGGGUAAUGUCGGUGGGUACGGCUAUGGGAGUUAUCCAGGUGCCGACAGGUCAAUGAAUGGGAAUGGUUACACAGGAUAUAAGAGCGCGAUGCCGAACUCCAAGGGUCACUACUCGGACGCUGUCCUCUCACACCUUGAAUCCCAGAAUGAAGAAGAAGUCGAAGGUAUCACGGCCAAAGUUAGGAUGCUUAAAGAUCUUACCCUCGCAAUUGGAGACGAAAUACGUGAUACAACACAUAUUUCAGAUCUGAAUGACUCUUUCGAGAACACGCGAACUCGUAUUCGGGGAAAUAUGAACCGCAUGAUGCGCAUGGCAGAGCGCACGGGUGUAGGGUGGAAGGUCUGGGCUGGGUUCUUUGCUCUCGUCUUCUUCCUUUUCUUCUAUGUGUGGAUCACUUAGAGGCCUUGCCUUACCCAAGCGUGGCUAAACCAGCUGAACCGGGGGAGACUUGACUCAUCUUGUUCGUCCACAUAUGCUCCUAUGGUGUUGAUUUUCCAGAAUACCGCCGUUACGUCAUAUUUGUCCUUUCAAUAAUCUUUUUACAGAGGCUACGCAUAUUCGGAGUUACUCGCUUUUUCGGACCGCUUAUGGCUGAUUUGUUCAAUGAUGAUACUACUCCACGCCAAUCUGAACUAUAUGUGCUGUACAUAAUAAUGCUAGACGAUUAGGGAAGCUGCUUUCCGCAGCACACGGACUGUUAACAUAUC